AUGAAGUGGUCAAUGAUUUCAUUGAUACUAUGUAUCUUUGGAUUUUUAAAAGAAUUUCGUCCUAGUGAAUCAUUUAUUACAAAUUAUCUAUGUGGUUCUUGGAAAAAUUUUACACAAGAUCAAAUUAAUCAAGAAAUUUACCCUAUUGGAACAUAUUCUAAUUUUGCAACUUUAAUAUUGGUUUUUUUAUUAACAGAUUUGAUUAGAUAUAAAUUUGUCAUUAUAUUAUGUGGUUUUUCUGGAACAAUUGCAUAUGUAAUUUUAAGAUUUGCAACAACAAUAGCUCAUGUGCAAAUAGUGGAAUUUCUUUAUGGGUUACUAUUAUCAACAGAAGUAGCAUAUUAUACUUACAUAUAUGCUAAAGUCAAUAAGCAACAUUACCAACAAGUAACAAGUCAUACUAAAGUUGCUUAUCUUCUAGGUCGUUUUACAGCUGGUAUAGUUGCACAAGUAACAACAUCUUUGGAAAUUUUAGAUUAUGAACAACUAAAUUAUAUAACAAUAACAUCUCUUAGUAUAGCAACUGUAUGGGCUUGUUUAUUACCAUCAGUUAAUCAAUCAAUGUAUUUUCAUCGAGUAAAUGAUUUAAGUACAAAAACAGUAACUUCAUUACAAAGUAAAGAGAGGAGUAACUCACUAUCUACUUCUUUAUGCAAAACUUCAAGUGAAGAAACAGGAUCGUUCCUUAUUAAAGUCAAGCUUGCUUAUUACUUACUUUGGGAAGAUUUUGUAAAAGCUUAUACUAAUACGCAUGUCAUUAAAUGGUCUCUUUGGUGGGCUUUUGCAACUUGUGGCUAUUUACAGGUGAUAAUGUACAUACAAUUAUUAUGGGAAAAUGCUCUAGAAUUACAAAGUAGUAAAUAUCAUGGUAUUUACAAUGGUUAUGUUGAAGCCAUAUAUACACUUAUCAGUGCUUUAGUUGUAUUUGUGGUUGGAAAUCUACAUUUAAAUUGGUCAUUGGUUGGUGAAGCCAUAUUAUCAAUUUUUUCUAUAAUUGAAGGUAUUAUUUUACUAAUUUCUUAUAUCAGUUAUAAUAUAUGGAUUCUAUAUACUGUAUAUAUAAGUUUUGGAGUUAUUUACCAUUCAAUCAUCACAAUAGCGAGUUUUGAAGUUGUUCAACAUUUAUCUGAAGACAGUUAUGGCUUAAUAUUUGGUAUAAAUACAUUUUUUGCUUUAUCAUUGCAAUCUGUACUAACAUUUAUCAUAAUAAACAAAAGCAGUUUGAUUCUAGAUAUUAGAUUCCAAUAUUUGGUGUAUGCAGUGUAUUUUAUAAUUUUGGGCAUUAUUUUUAUGAUUAUGAGUGUUUUUACACUAAAGCAUUACUUUAAAAAUAAAAAAUCUUUAAAAAUUUGGUUAAGAAAUACCGAAUCUAAUAUUAAAUAA